AUGACGGGCAAUAGCGGGCUUCCCAUGCAGGCCGAGGUCGGGGACGACUUUGCGCACGAUCUGGCGUCUCUUCAGAAAUCCGGAGGCAGUGCGGACGGCUCGGCGAAUCUCGUCUGCCCUUACUGCGGCAAAGUCAGCCGGUGCCUCAGCCACCUCCAGACCCACAUUCGCAUCCACACUGGCGAAAGACCUUAUGCAUGUAGUUACUGCCAGUUUCGCACGACGCAGAAGGUGGCGCUGAAGGAGCACAUUUACACGCACACGGGAGAAAAGCCACAUGUCUGUCCCCAUUGCGACUUCAGGUGCGCGAAAAAGUGCAACUUGAACUCGCACAUCAGGAGACAUCACGGGACGCAGGCAGCGGGGAUGCACAUGCCCGAGUCCAUAAUGUGA